GGUGCCUUCACAUCGGGACGCCAGGCGUCCCUGAAUCGACUCGUAGUUGUAGUCGGUUGCGCGCGCGACUUGCCGCAGGAGCUCCUGCGCUCUGAGAGAAAGAGCCGCUGCCAGCCGAAGAGGAAGUCGCCAGGUACACGUCUGCUUCGCUCCGAGCGCGCGGACCUGCGAAUCGUCGCCGUCAUCGCCGUCAUCGCCGUCACCUUCGCCGUUGUCGUUGCCGCUGUCGCCGCUCACCGCGGGAGCGAGGGGAAGAUGUCGAGCUCGCAGCGUAUGCGAAAGUCCUCACCAUGCUCGAAGCAGGGUCCGAUGCGCGCCACCCUGCCUGUGAGCUCGCUGAUGAGGCAAGGCCGGCAGAGUAGCAGCCUCCGCAAGAGCAACAGUAACAGUCCCACCGUCUCGCCGACGAACGCGGUUUGGCGGGCGCGCAUCUCGCCGGAGACGUCGUCUUCCUCGGGACAGCGGAGCCCCGGAUCCCUGUCCUACAAAGCCAAAUCAAAAACAUUGAGUGGUGAAAGUCAAACGGAAGAAUGUUCUAAUGAACCAAGAAAAAUGCAUACUCGUCAUCCCACAGAACAAACUGUUACUGACGAGAAAUUGGAGAAGAAUUACUUCAGGCAUCGAUUACAACGGACGAAUAAGGAAGGUACUAGUAGUAGAGAGCGAACAGCAGCAUUUGGACUAAUAAUGUCGAGUGGCCCACCACCCGCACUUCCUGGAGAUCAUUCAGUACUUUUGCCCAGUAUUGCUUCACAAACAUCUAUGCACAAUCAGUUUAGCUUGAGUACAAAAGCGAGUCCCAUGAACAUCCCAGUAAAACCAAUAAGGCCUCCAAUGCGUUCGUCUAUCGAAGGACUUAAUCAAGAAAUUGAAGGACUUGUGCUCAAAAAUACAGCCAAUAAUAGUGAUGCAGACCAUCCAGUAGAAGACAAGUAUGCACGAUAUCGCGAGCAGAUCACACCCGAAGGACAUCGUGCCCCUCUGGCAGACUUAUUGCGGGCUACUCGGAGUGUCAAUACACAAACACCGGCUACCGACCUUCCCUCCAGUUCUUAUUCUUCAGGUGGAAGCCGUGGUUCAACACCUGAACAAGACAGAGAAGGACGUCUCGGCACUUCUCCUCACAUUAACAGGUUCCUCGCGAGGGAACCCCCCGAUGGCUGUGAGAAAGUCAACCUCAAAUUUGUGGAAGAUGCGAGGCGGCCGAUGAUAGAUUUGAGCAAAUUAGAAUAUUGCCCAAAGCCGUGCGUUCCAGCAUUCCAGUUGAAACCCAGCUUGGGAUCAGCGUUCCUGCCAUUACAACAGCCGGCCAGUCCGACAAUGGUCGCCAGUGCAUCACCCUCCGCGCAUACAACACCGACCACACCUCCUCCAAAUCCAUAGUCCCACUCUUUACCUUGCGAUGUUACACUUAUAAGCUCGAUUAGUAUAUAUACAUAUAUAUAUAUUUUUUUUUAACGACAUUGUGGGUAGAAAGUGAUUUACUUCGAGAUAAAGGCAUAUAACGACAAAGAAAAGUUACCGAACAAAAGAAAAAGAACAGCCUGUUCCCAGUGUGGCUCGUGCGGACAUCGUGCGGGAAUCGUGAAUUGUGUAAUUAAAAGGAAGUUGCAAUUGCAUCGAUACACAAAAAAAAAGAAGUAUUGGAAAGGCAUCUGAGCUCCCUUAUAAUGAUCGAAACAAUAAUAAAUACGAGGAACAAUAAUUUGUGAUAACUAAAAGAAAAAACAAAAAGAGAAAUGACAAAAAGUUUAGGAACGAACAUUGUGUUCUACAGGGAAAAAAAGACUAAUGAAAUUGUGUAUUCUAAAUUUAGUGCUAAAAUGUGCUAAACAACUUUAGUUUUGUAUACACGGAUAAAUAUUCAAGAUGAGAAAAAGUAUUAAAUUUCAUUGUUGGAAUAAACAAAAUUCUACGAAUACAAAGGAAAGAGCACGUGUUCACAAUAUAUACGUGUGCGUAUACAUACAUAUGUACGCAUAUUUAUAUAUGCAUUGCUGCUCGUGUCUACGAUGUUUUAUUAGAUCUUCAUUGCUUGAAGUAACUCAAUUAUAUGACAAAGAUGAAUCACUUGUUAGAAUUUUGUAUCGUUUUGUAUUAUUACUUGUAUGCUAAAAAUAUUCUCAAACUAUUAUUGUACAAAAAAAGGAGCUAAAAAAAAGGAUGUAUUCUUUGUAUGUAUCUGCGUGUGCCUGCGUACGUGUGUAUGUGGGAUUUCGUUUUACAGAACUGGUUUUAGACGAGAACGCGUUGUGAAAUAGAUACGGGCAAUUGUCGUAAAAAUUUGUUUCAAAUUGCAUAUAUAGAAACACAUUCAUGAAUAAAUUUUUUACAAAGAUUAAAUGAACUUGAAAUUUUGGAAUAUAAGUCGAAAUGAUAUUUAAUAAUGAUAUUUAAUAUUUUCAAACAUUUCUUGGUUUAUUCGAAAAUAACGUCUUAUUUUGUUUUGCGAUAUCAUAUGAUUGAUAUAAUACAAUAUUUUUAACAAUAUAUUUUGCAAUUUGAGUAUAUUCGUUCAAUACAAUAUACAGUGACAGAUUGAUGAAUGUAUGAUGGAAUGAGUUCAACAUAAGGAUGAAUAUAUAUUGAGUACAGGAAUAAUGAAUGAUAAUGUUAAAUAUUGAUCGACGAGACAUGUGCUUUCGCCAGUAUGAUAUCAGAUGUGCGUAAAACGGCUCCCUAAUCUGACACGGAAGAUAGGUGUGCAUGUUUUUCUUUUGUAUGGACGUGGAUGAUUAUGCUAACAACAUAUAGUCUAUGUCUUAUACAAGCGACAGUGUGCGUGUGCUGUAAUAUCAGAAUCCCGAUUAAGUCAUUCACACGAAUAACUUUGGAAAGCAAUCGAUCGUCAAAGAAAAAUCAGUAAAAUGUUUGUUCAAAUCUAAUUCAAUUAUCCAUUUUCAUGUCAAGUUAAAUUAAACAAUUAGAAACUCAGACACAAUAAAAGAAAUGUCAUUACAAUUUUUAUUGAUAACAUUAACAGAAAUCUUUAAGUUAACGAAUUGUUACAUAAAAUACAAACGUGAGAGAAAAAGAAGUUGUAAGUUAUUCGUGGGAUGAGUAAAACCAUUGUUUAGUAUACGCAGACAUAGAGUCACUCAAGAAGUUCAAGUUUAUUUUUUGCUUUCUAAUACGGAAUGUUUUUGCAAGCGGUUUUUAUAGUUGCAAUCUGUGGAAAAUAAGAAUCUUGAUAGAAUGUAAAGUCAAGAGCAGAAGAAACGAUUUUUUAAAUACGAUAGUAAUAUACUUUCUAAUAAUGUAAUGUAUAUCUAGCUACAACAGUGAAGAAAAAAAGAAUGUUAACACAUAAGUACCUGGCACACUGGUCUAUGCUCUCUCUUAUCCAGCUCACUAGAAGUUCAUGCCUUAGAACGCGUGGCAAGGUGUGCUACAUAGACAGGAAGGUUAAUCAGAGAGUCAGGAUACACACGAAAAAUGCACUGGCUAGUUAAAGUGUAUACAAUACAAAGAUACUGUAGUAUUUACUAGCUUUUUAAGAGUAACUUCGUUUUUAUUUAUUUUGCUUACAGAUCUAACAAUACUUCGUACCACCACUUUGUCGUAUCGAUAUUUGAGUGUGAAG